AUGUUAGGAUGCAUAGCAGCAAAUGCCUUGGGGCAGGGGUGCUCAAUGCUGGGCCUGGAGAUCUACCACCCUGUAGAGUUUAUCUCCAAGUGCAGGAAGGAGGUGCGAACAGGUCCUGCUUAUAUAUUUCUGUUCUUUUUUCUCUCAUGUGUUUCUGUGUUCACCGUGUUUCUGAACCUGCUGGUGAUCAUCUCCAUCUCUCACUUCAAGCAGCUCCACACUCCCACCAACCUGCUCAUCCUCUCUCUGGCUGUGGCGGAUCUUUUCAUGGGAAUGUUUGUUAUGCCUGUGAAUAUCAUGCAAUUAUUAGAUUCCUGUUGGUAUCUUGGAGAAAUGGCAUGCACUGUGUCUUUAGUGGUCAGUUUUAUGUCAAUAUCAGGGUCACUCUGUAGCCUGGUUCUCAUUGCAGUUGAUCGGUACAUUGCUGUCACUGACCCUCUGCUUUAUUCUAUGAAAAUCACAGUUUGUAAAACUGUGUUGUUGAUCAUAAUAGGUUGGUCAUUUUUUCUGUUGUACAUUUUAAUCUAUUUAUACUCUCAUGACCAUUUACUUUCAUCUGAGAUAUUCACUACAUGCUAUGGAGAGUGUGUGAUCUAUGUUAAAUAUUACUGGGUGAUUGUUGAUCUUGUAGUUUGGUUUCUAGCCCCCUGCUCUGUCAUACUGGUUUUAUAUUCAAUCAUUUGUAAAGUGGCACAACGUCAAGCUAAAGCAGUUAAAGCUGUGAUGACCCGUUCUCUGACAGAUAAUAACCUGACCUCUUCAUCAAUGGUGUGGACUGUUUUUAGCUGGCUAAUAUACAUGACCUCAUCCUUUAAUCCACUAAUAUAUGCCAUUUUCUACCCAUGGUUCAGAGCAUCAGUGAAGUAUGUUUUAACUUGUAAAAUAUUUGCAUAUCCAUCUUCAAGGCUAAAUUUGUUUCCAAAGCAUGUUUAA